AUGGCGGCCCGGCGUAGCUCAUCUGUGUUGACUAAGCAAACGCUACUAACUCGAGGUGGUAGAAUAUUAGCUCUUGUGCCUGCUGAAAAUGCACCCUCUGACGAUAGCGAGCGCUCAGAUGUCGAAGAGGAAUUUCGUGUACGCACCCCGCUUUCUUCAUUUUCUUCUCCAGCACCUUCUAUUCAUUCUUCCUUAGAAAGACUAAACAUUCUAGAUGAUGACGAACAUUACAACAGCGACAAUGUUCCACUUACGCCCAUUUUUCAAACAGUAUAUUCAAGUCCGUCUUUAGAACCAAAUUGCAAUAAAGUACCGGUGCUGAGUGAUAUUCCGUCACUCCCAACAACUCCUCUUACUCCAGUAAAUCCACCAAAUCCAAAAACCAGAUCCCGACGUCGUCAGCCCACCGUUCCUGUCCGGAAAAGACCGAGACUAAUGAAAAAAUUUACUUUGAACUAUCAGUGGAAAGAAGCCGUUUUUCGACACAGAGCUAUAAUAGAAGAAGACUCCAAUUAUACAGAUGUUCCGGAUAUAUCAGCGUUGGAUUAUUUUUAUAAAUUUUUUUCGCCAGACAUUCUAACAGAUAUCGUAGAGCAAACAAAUUCUUACUCGAAGAAUCCCAGAAACUGUCAAUUAGAUUACCAUGUAAAGGCGUUAUUUAGUCAUUUCAGUUCAAUAAACGUUUAUACUAUUAUUAUCUUUUGUAUUUUUUUUGCUAUUCCUGCUCCUGGAUAA